AUGGCGGAUGAUGGUAAAAUGUCACGCCACAUCGUUGUGAGCGGCCUCCCCGGCAACGUGACGCCAGAGAAGCGCGCGAUCUUUCUGCGGCACAUGUCGAAGAAGGUGGGCGAGGUGCUCGGACACGAGAACUUCACCAUCCAUUUAGUCCUCGACGAGACCACCGGGCUCGUGACGGGUGCGUUUCUCUCCUUCGGCACCGUCGCCAACGCCGAGGAUGCGCUGGCGCGGCUCAACCUCUACCGCUUCACCAAGACGGACGUGCUGACGACGUACCGCUGGUCUGCGCUGCAGUCCGCCAGCGCGCCACCGGAGGGGUACAAGCCACCAACGCUGACGGAAGACACCGACGCGGACUUUGCCCACACCAUGUGCGAGGACCCGAUGGCGCGGCCGCAGUUUUUCAUCAAGCAGGGCGAGUCUUACGACGUGGAGUGGUACUGGUUCAAUCACAUUACGCUCAAGGCGGAGCUGUACCGUAAGCCGCGCGCGCUCAAGACGGACUCGGUGGGGCAGUGGACGGAGAUGGACCGCCGGCAGAAGAAGCUCGACGUCGGUCUCGUGUACGGCCCACUCACGUCGGUGCGCCCGAUGCCGGCAUGGUCGACGUUCGGCCGCCUGGUUGUGUCGCAGCACACGAGCGGAUUGAGGGUGUGGGGCGGCCGGCAGAUGAACCUGCUCUUCGAGGUCCCUGAGCUGGACAUCAAGGCGUUUCUCGUGUCCUCGCAGGAGAAGUACCUCGUAGUGAAGACGCUGAACGAUGUGAGCGUGUGGGACAUCCACACCGCAAAGAAGAUCCGCACCCUCGGUGGUCUCGACCUUGUGGACGCAGACAAGUGGCCCAUCACAAGAUUCAGCGCAGAGGACUCCCUUGUUGCCAUCUCGAGCGCUAGCCUGGAGGCUGGUGGUCCUGGCAAACUCUUCAUUUACCGCGCAGAGACAAUGCGGGUGCUGCAGGCUGCCUCCAGCACCACGCCGACGUCGUACACGUUCAUGGUGCCUGGUCUGAAGAUCGCGGAGUGGAAUCCAGUGGUUGGCACACAGAUGGCCGUCGUCACGGAGCUUGGCAGAAACCUCGGCUGGCAGGUGAUGAUUCAGAACAUCACGGUGGAGGACAACCUCGUGUAUGAGGAGACCAUUGCACAGCGUAACUUCUUGCAGGCGGAGCGGCUUGACCUGCUGUGGCACCCACAGGGAACGCACCUCGUCAUCAAGGUCACAAAGGCGCAAUCGACCGAGUACGCCUUAUUUGCUGUCGGCACAAACAGCGUGGCGGUGUUCCAACUGCAGGUGGAGAAGGGCCUCUCCGCCGGUCGUUUCGCGUGGCAGCCGUCGGGGCCGCACUUCGCCGUCAUCUUCGAUGACCGCUCAAAGGCUGGGUCGAUGGGCGCCACAUCGGAGAUGCGCAUCUACAGCAUCAAGAAACAACUGAAACUCCUUGGACGGUAUGUGACGGGAGCAACACACCUCUUCUGGGCACCGCGUGGCGCACGUGUAGUGGCGACCAACUACGACAAAUCCAUUCUCCACUUCUACGGUAUUAAUGACAGCGGUAUGGUUAUACAGUUGGAGAAGCUCUCCGUCCCUGUGACGGACACCGCGUGGGAUCCGACGGGUCGCUUCUACGCGACGUGGGUGUCGGCGCUGAAGAACGCCGGUGACAACCACUUCCGCAUCUUCGACCUCAACGGACGGGAGCUGACGUACAAGCAGGUGCGCCAGCUUUCGCACUUCUCGUGGCGGCCAUUGGCAGCGCCGGUGCUCUCAGGAGACGAGGUGAAGGAUGUGCGAACUCAUCUACGCGAGUACAGCCAGCGCUACCAGAGCGAGUUGGAGGAGCAGAAGGCAUCUGAGGAGGCGGAGAUUCGACGACAGCUGCAGGAGAAGGAGGAAAAGUACACUAAACGCAUGCGCGACAUCGCACGGCACCACCGCGAGAAGGGUUUGACGAGAACACGCGAAGAACUUAUCGCCGCAUCGCCGUGGAGCCGCCUGUGGGCGCGCCGCAUUAAGUCCCUCCCACCAGAGGAGACAAUGAUGCACGAGGACGUCACGGAGGAGCGCAUCAUUCACCGUCGUGCACUCAACUAA